CGAGGUCGCGAGGAAGCCGAGGUGGCCGGCGGCCGGUGGCGGCGGUUCGCGUCUUCCCGGGACGCGGCUGCGGCGCCGCGGCGAGGAGCGGACAGAGGAGGCGCCCAGCGCUGGGCGAGGCUGCUGCUGCCUGCGGGCAGCGGGCGUCGGGCGAGGAGCAACCGACCGGCCGGCGGCGCCGCGACGACCGAAUCCCAAGUUCCUGACUGCGGCGUCGGGCGCCCGAAACCCCGAAUCCCGUCCCGACGGCCGACGGCAGCGAGCUCCCGAGGAGGCGAGGUCUGCGGGCCUGCGGUGGUGCGACUGUGCGAGGGUCCUGCCCUCGUGCUCCCCUCCCACAGUGCCGCCAUGGAGGCAUGGAGCUCAGGUUGUUCGUAAGAAGGUUUCAAAGUACAAGAAGGGCCUGAGGAAUGAGCCAAAGCCUUGAAGCCUGUUGCCGUAAUUGUCCGCUGCAGCCGCCACGUCCCCCUCCAUACGCCGCCGGCGCCUCUCCACGUUUCUGGCUAUGAGGCGUCCAGGGAGUCUUGCCACCCCAGCGCAGCGGUCGCUUGACGCCGCCUGCUUUUCAGCCUCGGCACCCGCGCCUCUACGACGAGCGACAAGGUGAAUAGUCUAUCCUUGGAGGUUCGACAAAAAUAAACAUGUUUGUGAAGUCGAAGACAAUUAGUUACUCAUUUCAGUUUUCUUGCGUCUACAACCAUGAUGACGAUAUCAAUUAUUUUGAGGAAUUUAGCUGGUAACACUAGUUCAAAGUUUGAUAAAAUUGCAAUGCUGAAGCUGCGUAGGAGGCUAUCAGGAUCCACUGCAGAUAAAAAUUCAUGCUCUAGUAAGAUAUGUAGUUUUGACAAGUUUGCUUCAUUGAUCCAAGGCUGUGCAGAUGUUAGGUUUCUAAAGAAGAUCCAUGGUCGUGUUUUCACACAUGGACUUUGCAGGGAUGUGAUUGUCGGCUCUAAGAUUCUGAGCUGGUAUGCUAAUUUAGGAGCCCUACCUGAGUCACGGCUUGUUUUUCAGAAAAUUGCAAGUGAUGAUCUUUCCCUGUGGAAUUCAACCAUGGUUGAUUAUUUUAGAGCUGGUUAUCCAGAGGAAGUUAUUAUUUUGUAUAAGAGGUUGAAAUUGCACCAGAUUGGUUUUGAUGGGAAAACUAUUACCUUUGUUUUGAAAAGCUGCACUGAGCUUAAGAAUCUGUCCCUGGGUAAAGGAGUGCAUGUGGAUUCACUUAAGCUUUGUCUUUCUGGGGAUAAAUUUGUUGGUUCCUCCCUCAUUGGCUUAUACUCCAAGCUUGGCAGGGUGGACGAUUUACAGGGAGUGUUUAAAGAGAUCAUCAACAAGGACAUUAUUGCUUACACUUCAAUGAUCACUGGUUAUUCAGAUAUUGUGGAUUCAAUUGCAUGGAAUGCGUUUGAAAUUGCCAUUGAUAUGCUGCAGAACAACUUGGAAGUAAACCGUGUAACUCUUGUAAGCUUACUGAAAAUAGCUGCAAAUUUGGGAGCACUUAAAGAGGGUAAAUCUCUGCACUGCUAUUCCAUAAGGAGAGCAAUUGGUGUCUCAGAUGAUAUUCUAGAGACCAGCAUUGUAAACCUGUAUACUCGAUGUGGAGCUUAUCAGUCAGCAACUGCUGUUCUGCGAAACUCAAAGGGAACUGUUGCUUCAUGGAAUGCUAUGCUUUCUGGUCUGGCUAGAGCUGGACAAAGUUUUAAUGCAAUCCAGUACUUGUCUGCGAUGAUGCAUGACCAUAAAGUAACUCCAGAUUCAGUUACUUUUGCAAACGUACUUUCAGCAUGUGCUGAGCUAUGCUAUUUUCGUAUUGCUGCUAGUAUUCAUGCCUACUUCAUAAGAAGAUUUAUGCCUGUGGAUGUUGUUUUGGCCACUGCUCUUAUUGAGGUCUAUUCGAAAUGCACAAGAAUCAUGAGAUCGAGGCAUCUCUUUGAUCAACUGAUUAUUAAAGAUGCCGUCUGCUAUAACGCAAUGAUGUAUGGUUACCUACAGAAUGAAAUGGCUAAUGAAGCCACCUAUUUACUCAAAUGCAUGAUGGCAGAAGGUAUUACUCCAGAUUUUGCCACUGUUCUUAGCCUGCUUGCUGCAUUUGCUGAUCAAAGAGAUUUAGUUAGAGGGAGGUGGAUCCAUGGAUAUGCAAUUAGGCAUGGGUUUGGUUCAGAUGUGGAUGUUAAAAAUCAAAUCCUAUAUAUGUAUUCAGUUUGUGGAAAAGUUACAGCAGCAAGGGCUAUGUUUGACUCAUUGGAAAAGAAAAACUUGGUUUCAUGGACCACCAUGAUGAAGGGUUGCUUAUCCAAUGGGCAUGUAGAUGAGGUGGUUCAAUUAUUUCAAGUGAUGCAGAAACAUGGAGAGAAGCCUGAUUGUAUUUCUCUUAUAACUGCAGUUCAGGCUUCUGCUGAUCGUGGACAUCUAAAUAGUCUAAAACAAAUUCAUUGUUUUGUUUACCGUUCCUUAUUGGAGAAAGAUAAGAUUACUGCAAAUUCAUUGAUAAGCGCUUAUGCCAAAUGUGGAAGGUUGGAUUUGUCAAUCAAUUUGUUUUGUAGUUUGGAUUACAGAAACUUGGAUACUUGGAAUGCAAUGAUCAGUGCUUAUGCAAUGCAUGGGUUCUAUAUCAAUGUGCUUAAUAUGUUCAAGCAAAUGGAAGAAGAAAACAUUCAUCCUGAUGAGUUAACAUUCUCUACUGUGCUUACUGUCUGUAGCCAUGCUGGUCUUGUCGAGGACGCCUGGCGUAUUUUCAAUUCCAUGACAUCAGUAUAUUCAGUUCUUCCACAGGAAGAGCAUUAUGGUUGCAUGGUUGACUUAUUGGGUCGUGCCGGGCAACUAGAAGAUGGAUACAAAAUUUUAAAAAUAUCUAACUUAAAAGAUAAAUCCUCUAUAUUAUGUGCUUUGCUCUCUGCUUGCAGAACUCAUGGAAAUACAGAACUUGCACAUGCUAUUAUCAAAGAGCUCCUUGAGCAUGGACCACAAAACCCAGGUAUUUAUGCUCUGAUAUCAGAAGUGUAUGCUCAGGAAGGGCAGUGGAAUGCAUUUGCUAAUACGAGGGCUAGAGCUAAUUUAAGUGGUUUAAAGAAACAUCCUGGUUCUAGUUUGAUUGAAUCGAUGGAGCAAGGCAUGUGGUAAUGAAGAGUCUGAAUGGCAUGUUGCUUUUAUGGUUGGAAAUUUACACUAUAGCCCUUUUGAAAUUCUGAGGCUCUUGUCAGCCAAAACAGUUGGCAGAAUGACAUGGCCUGACUUAUGUGGUUGAGGAGUCAGCGCCAAUUUCAUAGGUGCUGAUCCUGGGACAUCACGUCAAGGACUGAGGCACCACUCUCAGCUUGCCCUCAUCUCUCAUGCGAAGAAAAGAGGUGAAUGACCACCUCUCUCCUUUAUUAAAUCCCUCUCUAAUUGGCGCCAAAUCAAAGGGUUCCAUGUGGACUUCACAUGGAGUGGAGAUCAUGUAGGAAGAACGUAUUAAUUGUUCUUCGAUACUCAGUCCAUCACUUUGCUAUCAUGUUACUUAACAGAUAGCAAAUGAACAAUGGUUCAAGAUAUGGGAGAGAUGAUUCCAUAUGGGUUGCCUCGCAAUGGUCAGUUCUCAGCAUGCAGCAAGGAUCGUUUCAAAAAGAACUGUAGCUAGGAAACCAUUUGCCGUAAUCUUGAGGAGGUUGGUUAUAACGAUGUCAUCGCGUUGGAGAUCAAAUCGAGUAUUGGAACUCUUAAAGUUGAGGGCUGGGUUUCUGAGACCCCAUGGAACAUGUUUGAUAAUGAGGCGCUUGAUGACAGUGAGGUAGUCAGGCAACCUUAAGUGCCGUCCGGAACGAACAUGGCACACUUCUAUACAAUAGUGUAAAGGGUUGUUGAGGAAAGUGACACCAAUAAAAGACCAAAGGGGUGAUAAAUCAAAGUCAAAGGCAGGUGCUGAGGUGCAGGGCUGAACGCGUGAAGUGAUAAAAUCAGAGCCCCCCUGCAGUUUUCCAGGGCUGAACGCGGGAAUAAGAAGAAGACUGUACGCAGUGUUGACGUCUAUCCGGAACUAGGUAAAUUGGAAACAUUAUAACGAUGCCUAGGAAUCUAGUGUGCAUAAGCAUUGUGUAGCCUAGGAAUCUAUAAUUUGUUUUUUUAUUUAUGUCCAAAAACCGCUUCCGAUAUUUGGUCAAACGUGUGACGUGACAUUUCUUGCAAAAAUUUUUACAAUCUAAACGCUGUCUUAGAUUCUAAAGAAGCUUCUGAGAAUUUAGAAAAGCUUUAA